AUAGUGGCUCCACUCAGCGUUUUAGUUCAGAUAAUAGCACGUAUGGUGGCGGUCGCACCCAAGGGAAGUGACUCAUCUGACCAUGGUCACGGUCACCUUCCUACGGUGGAGGAGCAGUCGCACCACCAUACAUCCACUCCUGCCACGGCUGGGUCUAACCAUGCCAAAGUCGCUCAUCAUCUGAGGCGGCCCAGCAAUGACCAAAGUGCAAUAGCCGGUCUCUCCAACCCCUCUGUUGAUCCUCAGCUUAACAAAUCUAAGAAGUCUGCAAAGAAGCGACAUGUAGAGCAAGAGUAGUAGAACUUGCUUGGAUUCCGAAGCCUCAGGAGGAGGAGGAACGUGAUGGCCAGGUUUUGCUACUUCCUUCCUCUCAGCGAGCGGCCAUUCCGCCGCCCCGCUCAGA